GAAAGUCAGCCUGUUAUUCCCCGACUGCUCCGAAAGACUUGCGUCCUCUGACCUCCUUCAUCUGGACUCCUGUGCAGUCCAGAGGACGUCACACUGGGACGUUCGAGCGCUCUGCGACGCACCAGUUGGUGCCCUCGGUGGGGACGGUUGGAAGGUGUUCUCCCUCCCGCGGAGUCGGUGGGCUGGGAGGAAACCCGGAAUCCUUAGCCUGAGUCACAGAAGCUCUAUGGAUCAUGGAAGUGAGCACACUUUUGCUCUCUAGAAACGUUGAGGCCUUCCAUCAUUUAGCGGUUAGAAACACGGAUUCUCAGAAGUUUUGGUCAUCAUCCCUGGCAGCACAAAACAAAAAGGAAAGUGAUUGCCUUCAUCUUGAGAUCCUGUACGUUUCGAAGUGGAUUCUUCCAUGAAAAUUUAGAAAGUAUGUCAGAAACAGAAACAAUGAAUGUUAAUGGUCCUCAAGACUUCUACUCAGACUCACCCUUCUGCUUGGAAGCCAGCUUCUCCUCCUCAGACCUGCUUCAGAACGAAACAAAGAAUGUAAAAAGGGGAAAUGAGUCUGUACACAUGUCCUCUGAAGAUAUUCUUAGCACAGAAGGCAGUUUGUUAGGUGACAUCAACCUUGGGAAUUACCCAGAGAGGAUACAGAAUCAACCAGCUAACACUAGAGUGUCUUCCUCGAGACAAUUUGAACCCAUUUGCAAAUUUCACUGGAUAGAUGCGUUUAAUGAUGACAGCUCAGUUCCGGACCUGACCAGGGCAUUUUCUUAUUCGGAGGAGAAGCCUGAGCUGCAGAGCCAGGUGUACAAUGAUCCAGCGGAUGCCAGCCAGAAGCCAGAUCCGCUUAAGGAAGAAAGUUUGAUGGAAAGUAGCACUUCUGAAAAUAAAGACGAACUUGUUCAUGAGCCUGUGAGGAAGUCUAGAAGUCUCUGUCUAAACCACUACAGAGGAAAAACGCGGUCACUCACAGAAACGCCAUUGGUGAGAAGUGUGGUUGUAGAUGUUGCCCUCAACAACAAUCAGCCUGAAAGCUUUCUGGGUAAAGAAAAUGUCUGUAGAAAUGGUGAAAAUUUGUCUGACGGUGAGAAUUGCUUUGACCAGCUUGACUUGAGAGCUAUUUACAAAGCUGGGAAGCCUGAAGUUUCUUCAAAAGGAAUACAGAAUUCUGGGGAGUUUUCUGACAUGUCCGUUGGUCCCCAGGAGGAAGCCACAGAAGAUGGUUUAGACAGCCUAGCCAUUACCUCACCAUGGUCUCCAGCCGGCAUCUUCAAGGGUCGUAGAUCUCAGGAUGACUUCCAGAUGCCUGAUGGGGAGCUAGACUUUGAAAGCUUGGAGCCUCUGGAAGAGGACAUGGCUUUAAAUGAAGUUUUGCAGAAACUGAAGCAGACUAACAAAAAACAGGAACUGCAGAUUCAAGACCUCCAUGGUAGGAACUUGACCUUAGAGAGCAAGGUUCAGGAACUACAGACAAAGGUCAGCAAACAGCACGUGUUGCUUGACAUCAUAAAUAAACUGAAGGUGAAUGUUGAGGAGUUGAUCGAUGACAAAUACAACGUAAUCCUAGAGAAGAACGACAUCAACAAGAAACUUCAGGAUCUGCAGGAGACUUCAGCUAACACCAAAAAGCACCUUCAGGAAUCCAAGAAAGACCAGGAGAGCCUACAGCUCCAGGUGAAGAAGAUCAAGGUCCACUACGUCCGCUUACAGGAAAGGUACAUCGCUGAGAUACAGCAGAAAAACAGAUCGGUCACUCAGUGCCUGGAGAUAGAGAAGACCUUAAGCAAGAAGGACGAGGAGCUCCAGAGGCUGCAGCGCCACAAAGGAGAGCUGGAGAAGGCCACCAGUUCUGCCCUGGACUUGUUGAAGAGGGAGAAGGAGAUCCGGGAACAAGAGUUCUUGUCUUUUCAGGAGGAAUUCCAGAGACGGGAGAAGGAGAACCUGAAAGAAAGGCGGAAAUUGAAGUCAAGAGUUGAGAAGCUGGUCGCUCAAGUGAGAAGCUUGCUGUUCACCUGUGAGAGCGAGAGGGCUCAAAGCACAGCGCUCCAGCAGCAGGUCGAUGCGCUGAGGCUGGAGAACUUAGAACUCCGGCAGCAGGCUGCGAAGAGGGAGGCACAAGCCUGCACCCCCAGCUUUGAGAUUAUUCAGCCAAAGGAGAAGCUGGAGGAGGUGGUGGAGCCGGACGUCACCCAGGACCUCGCCAUUCCUGACGCCGAGCUUCGCCAGGAGAGUAAGAAAGCUAAUGACAUAAUGCUGCAAAGACUGAAGGACUGCCAGCUUAGAAAGAAAGAUCUAGAUAAAGAGUUAUUGAAACAUAGAAACAGAAUUGCAACUCUCAAAGAGUUAAUCGCUAAUGAGAAGGCUCUUCAAGACCACACUAUGGAGGUCACAGAUUUUGAUGCAGAAGAGGUCAAGAAUGCCAGCGAAGCACCUGUGCUACUGACAGUCAAACUGGAUAAAUACCACAGUCUGAACGAGGAGCUUGAUUUCUUGAUCACCAAGCUGGGGGACCUUCUGGAGAGCAAAGAAGACCACUACAGCAGGCUCAUCGAGGAGAAUGACAAGUACCGGAGACACGUAGGCAGCCUGAUAAACAAGGUAACAUCAUAUGAAGAAAUUAUCAAAUGUGCUGAUCAAAGACUUGAGAUAUCCCAUUCCCAGAUUGCACAUUUGGAAGAAAGAAAUAGACAUUUGGAAGAUUUAAUCAGAAUGCCCAGAGAGAAAGCCAGAGGGCUAAGACCAAGAUUAGAUAAUCACCCAAAGUCCAUGACCUUGAUAAGUCAUCUUGAGGGCCACCAUAAAGAAUGUUCUAUUUCCAUGUGAACUGACAAUAGUACAUGAUUAAAUAUUCAUUCCUGAA